AUGCUUAAAUUUGGAACAAGCGUUUUCCAUGCACAUGUGCACCAGUGGGCUUGUCAACUUCAGUAUAACCCCCGCUUAAAUGAAGGCUGGGGAAUGUCGGAUGGCGAGGGAUUGGAGCGCAUCUGGUCCUUUCUCUCACCACUAAUAAGUCAACUCCGCUACUCAACCAAGAACCACCGACUUUCUGCACUAGAUCUCCGCUCUCAACAUCACAAUGAACAUGGAAAGAUAUCAGCAAUUCGAUUGCUUUACGAAAGAGGGCAGCACAUCCAGAAAAUUAACCAAGAGGCAUGUGAUACGUUACAACAAGUAGAGCAAAGAUCAGGUCACACCUUAGUCUACUUAAAAGGGCAGUGGGAACGUCAGAGGCAACAGCAACUGCAAGCCAUGGAUAAUGGAACUGAGACAGAAAUGAUGAAGCAAGUAGAAGAUCUUGUUGUCUUGGAGGACAAACUUUUUGAAGCGCAACAGGAGAUGCAAGAACUCCAGCGGACCAGAAGGAGGACCCAUACUGUCGAACAAGGAAUACAAAUUGAACAAUUGCCCAACACCCUAAUCUCUUUGGAGAGCAAAAUUGACCAACUAAUUGGGGAGCUGGGUUCUGAUUAUUUUAGAAAUCUCACCCCAAACACUACAUACUCCCAAGCAAAAGCCUUGAUCAAGUUAAAAAUCACCAAGUCAAAGCUUUAUGAAGCCAAAGUGGGUGUGAUUGAGAUGCAAAAGCGUUGGGAUGCAAGGGGUUCUGGCACACGACUUCAAGCACAAUUUAGAAGGCAAAUGAGCGGAAAAAUGAAGCAUUUGAAGAAUAAAUGGGCUUCAUACAACCACCGGGCCAAUGAUUACAACACAAAAUUCACCCCAGAAAUCUACCUACCCACUCCGACAUUAGACGAGGUCAAGGCAUAUCAGAUGGACCAUGCCUUCUGGAGUAUUGGGCUGCUUGAUCACCCCCAUGAGCCUUGGGCUGCAGACACAGACACACAACAGGGAAUCCAAGCAUACCUUCUACUCACGCACACUGAGGAUGAAUUACGACGAAUCUCCAGAGAAGCAAGACAAGCAGUUGAAUGGGCCAUUCAGAAAGGGCAGAAGUUGCAAUUGGUUUACCAGGUGUUUCAAAUAGCAACACCUCAAUCAAAUCUCCCGCAACAGAGGACUUCCAACUAUUACUUUGCAGUCAAUUAUAAGGCAGCAUCUGAAGACCCAUUGCCGAAUGCAGAUGUCUUGGCACUCUCACUGUGUUACACUACUGGAAUGGAGUCAGAAGUGGAUGAAUCCUGA